GCGCGCUCCUUUUCUCGGGAAUGAGCGGCGCGUUCACUUAACGGCACUCGAGGGCGGCGCGUUCACGACAGUCGAGGGCGCGCCCGUAAACGUUGCUCAGGCUUCAAGAUGGCGGAAGCCCUGACAACCCAAGAAGAGGUGGCGGUGGAGGAGUUCCUGGCUGCAUUAAGAUGUAGGGAACAGUCGCAGAACGCCACCCUCGUCAGUCAGAUCACUGCCGUCAAGUUUCUCAUGGCACGAAAGUUCGACGUCUCCCGAGCCAUAGAACUCUUCCAGGCUUACAAGUAUACUAGGAUAAAGGAAGGUAUCUACAAUAUUAACCCAAAUGAAGAACCUUUGAGGACUGAGUUAUUGAGUGGCAAAUUUACAGUCCUGCCAGGGCGUGACGCUAAGGGCGCAGCCUUGGCGCUCUUCACUGCCCGUCUCCACCGUCCUGACGUCACUACCCACAAGGCUGUUCUUCAGGCCAUCAUCUAUCAGCUGGACAAAGCCAUAGAGAGCAUUCAGACUCAGAGAGAUGGUCUUAUAUUCAUCUACGACAUGACAAACUCCACCUACGCCAACUUCGACUACGAACUCUGUGUCAAAAUUUUAAACCUUCUCAAAGGAGCUUUUCCUGCCAGGUUAAAGUGCGUGUUCAUUGUGUCAUCGCCACUUUGGUUUCGAGCGCCGUUUGCCGUACUGCGUCUUUUUGUGCGAGAGAAACUCAGAGAGAGGGUGUGUACUGUAAAAGCUCAUGAACUGGCCAAUCACAUCCCAGUCACCUCGCUCCCGGAGCACCUGGGUGGCUCGUCACAGUACAGCCACAUGGCCUGGAUCCAGUCAUGUGUUAAUUCCACCCUGAACAACUCCACUGAUGGCAACACAGACUGUUUGGACGGUCUGCUGCACUCCUACUGUCAGGAUCAAAACCAGACGGCCAACGCAAACCCAGGUGCCACGUUGCUUGGGAACAGCCUUGAUGACGGCAACGCUAAUCCUCAGAACCACCGGCACACCCAUUGGAAUGGCCUGACACCACUUUGUUCAAACGCCAACAUAGCCAACGGCCGUCAGGCUCCACCCCCUCAGUCAGAUACGCCCCCAGACACGCCUCUGCAUCACAAACACAACACAGAAACACCGUCAGCGCCAAAAGGAGGCGUGAAUGACUGCCGGCGAGACGGCAACGGCGCUGAGCAGGAAGCCGACUUCCUUGGCGAGGAAGCGGAAACAAGAGAUGGAGUCCCACCCCUUCCUCAGAAGUCAUCGAGGCCAACACCCCUGUCACGUAGCCCAGUCCAUGAGACAAGCUGGCCACUUGGAACGGCAUCGGUACAUACGGCCGAGCCAGGGGGAAUGUCGGUGCAGGAGCUGGUGCAGCACGUCAAAACCAAGAAGAAGAAAGGCAUCUACCAGGAGUACGAGGAGAUCCGGAAAGAGCCACCCGCUGGAACCUUUGACUACUCCAAGAAACCAGCUAACCAGGUCAAAAACCGCUACAGUGACGUGCUCUGCCUGGACGAAUCCCGUGUCCGACUUUGCCCACUCAAUGAUGACGACGAUGAGACUUCAGACUACAUUAACGCAAGUUUCAUGGACGGCUACAAGAUGACGAACGCGUACAUUGCCACUCAGGGGCCUUUGCCAAAAACAUAUGGUGAUUUUUGGCGAAUGGUAUGGGAGCAAUUGGUGUUAAUCAUAGUCAUGACAACAAGAGUUGUGGAGCGAGGCAGAGUGAAGUGCGGACAGUACUGGCCUCUGGAAGCAGGCCGCACAGAGGAGUAUGGGUACUUCCUGGUGAGAAACGUCCACAUUGAGAUGUUUCAAGAUUUUAAACUUUCACAUCUGGAGCUCUAUAAUAGUCAGACUGGUGAGUGUAGAGAGGUGUCUCAUUACCUGUACAUGAGCUGGCCGGAUUUUGGGGUUCCAAAAUCUGCGUCAGCCAUGUUGGAUUUCCGGGCAAAGGUGAAGCAGAGGCAGGAGCUGGCAUUGCGAACGAUAUUUCCUGAUUGGACGGGACCUCUAGGAGGCCCUCCCAUAGUCGUGCACUGCAGUGCUGGAAUCGGAAGGACAGGUACGUUCUGCACGCUGGACAUUUGUCUCUCGCGCCUUGAGGACAUUGCCACGGUGGACGUGAAGCAGACGGUGCGACGCAUGCGCACUCAGCGCGCCUUCAGCAUCCAGACGUGGGACCAGUAUUACUUCUGCUACCGAGCCGUGAUCGAGUACGCACAACAAAAAAGACUCCUCGCACCCGUCGAGUGGUCCGACACAGAGCUGGAGACGGACAGCGAGUGACAGAGAGUGAAGGAGAGAGUAAGAAUCAAGGUGCCAAAAGAAAAGAGAUUUCCUGCUCUUUUUUUUGUCCAGACGGCAUGUGUCUGCAGGUGGAGCGCCGCAUUCCUGCUCGGCUUUUUUUCUCCCCUUCCUGGGAAGAAGGAAAAAAAAAGUGGUAAGAAGUAAGAGAAAAGGAGUGGAGGAGAGGAUUCUCUCCGCCUGCCACUUUGCAAUCCCCUUCAGAGAGUCGUGGCUUGGUGUAUGAGUUGUAGCAGUUUUUAAAAAUUUAAAAAAAAAAACUUGCACACAGUGAAUGAGAAACUUGAACUAUUCCCCAGCUUCUCCCCUUUUUUUUUUUUUCCUCCUCAGUCCACGUGUGAGAAAUAUUCUGAUAUCAGUGUCGUGCAACUCGGGGUUUGUGUCACACUUGUGAAAAUAGUGUGAAAGUGUUAAAACUUGAAUUUUUUUUUCUCCAUCACAGCGACACGGUAAGUUGUGUGCAAACUGAGUGCAGCACGACCAUUUUUUUUCUUUUCUUUUAAUCAUCAUUCUUACGUUUAGCGUAAACUAACCUUCAAACCAAAGGUAACGCGUCGAAUGCUUGGAUGUAUCUGUAAUGAUCAUUGUGACUUAAACCUUGUAUAGUCUUGUAAGAUACAUUUAUAUAUUGUGCAUAAUAACCUUUGGGGAAAAGUCUUGUUUUAAUAUAAUACUCGAUGUUAUUCAGAAAUAUAUAUAUAUAUAUAUAUAUAUAUAUAUAUAUAUAUAUAUAUAUAUAUAUAAAUGAAUAUAUGUAUAAAUAUAUGUUGGGGUAGAACAAUAAGAUGAAGAGAUUAGAAUAUUACAGAAGAAAAAUAUCACGCUACUUCCAGUCCUGCAUUCUGUUUUAAUCCUUUUUCGUUUUCUCUACUUGAUGACUAUCAGUCGAUCGGCCUUAAAUCCAGGGCUCAUGUUCACCAAGUGACCAGGAAUAGGAGAUUAAGGGUCUUUUUUUUUUUUUUUUAAAGAUAGGUUCUCUCUGGUUAACCCUAAUCUUGGGUUGAUAUCGAAGGUCAAUGUCCAGUGUGAGUGUAUUCCCAAAAAAAACACGUCUAAAGGAAGUUUCUACAGUUUGAAAUGUGAAAAUGUGUGUAGCAACCUGAAGAACUUAAAAAAAAAAAAAAAAGUGUGAAAUGCAUGAACUUCAGCUUGUAAAACAAAGAAUGGAUUGAGAUUGUCAUUAGAUCGAACGUCUACCCAGGGCUUAUUUCAGGGGCCAAAAAAAAAAAAAAGCAGAAAUGAAGAAACUAGCCAGAUCCACUGCAUGUCAAUAUUAUUUUUUUUUCUCCUGAUAAUGAUACUUACUACAGGUCUAGAAUCACCUAUAAAAAUGACAAACUACACGUUUCAUGCAAAAUAUCAUCAUGAUCUUAUCUCCUCAUUCUUAGACGACUUGGGAAAUAGUGGCCUUUAAACUUCGUAUCACUGCCUGUAAAAAAAAAAAAAAAAAAAAAAAAUACUGAAUUGUAAUUCGACCCUUAUUCCUGCUUCUUUCCUCCUCCCUAAACCACGGCCUUGUCUCAGUCUGAAGUCCUGCAUCUCAAUCACAGUGGAAGUUUACUGACACUUAUCAACCCGUCACGUCAGUGUUGCUGUGUGUCUGAGCUGCAGGUGGAUUGGGACGGAGCCGGCGGUUGUGCAGUGUAAAGUCCCCGGGGCUCUGAGUGACCUUGGGGUUUAUUUGUGCCUUCAAGCUUUCAGUAGCGCAAGCGAAUCUCGUUCCAAGAGCAGGAAAACUGCGUCUUGCGUACGUUCGAGGAUUAUAUUUGAUAAUCUCAGGGGUAUAUUUGCUGUUGUCCUGGUGUCAAUUUUUUUUCUCACUUUUUUUUUUUUUUUAUUCCAUUCUGGCAGUUCAUCAUUUCAAAAUGAAGCAUAGCAAGUUCUUUGUAUCAUACAACAGUCUGUAUUAUAGUCCGUUGUUUUUUGUUUUGUCUUUAUUUAUGUCUUUAUACAACUUCAGCAGUAUUUGAAAUUCAAGUGUCGGUACGUCCGAAGAAGAAAACAAAACGUUUUAAUUUGAUAAGCUAACAAAAUCAACUGACUGACUUUGAUUUCAUGCCACUUCUGGAACCAUGUUACUUGCUAUCGAAGCUUUUGGGAGUCGUUGUUCAAGAAGAAUGUCUAUCAAUAACAAUGUUGUCUUUUUUUUUUUUUUUUUACCAAAAUGCCUGUUGCCGAAUGUGUUGACCGUGUUUCCCCUGAUUAUUAUUGUGCAGAAAUUAAGGGUUGUACACAAAAUAUGCUAAUUUGGGAUGUUACGCAGUUGUAAUAGUGACCAGAACAUAUUCCUAGUAUUCAUUAUGCUGGCUUCUUUACUCAGAGAGGCUGUGUUCCAAUACGUUUUCUUAACACACCCUUGUCGACUUCCCCUUGCCCUUUACCUUUUAGGGGAAAUCCUUUAAGUCUAUCACUUUCUGUGGCAGAGAUUUUAAGAAGUCUGGUUAGACAGAGAGUCUAAGCAGCUCCCCGAUCGCCACACACACCUCACCUUGUGUUACAAGUGGCCACUUGUGUAACAUGUAGGGAAUAAAACACUUGGUGCUGAACAUAACGGCACGCCCAGAACUGUUUUAUUCCUCUUAUACCACAGCAACGUGCCAACGAUUUCUGUGAAAUGUUUCCAUUUCUUAAUGAACAGUGCAUUAUACUUUUAAUCUGUUUAGAAUUACAUGUUGUGGGCUGUUGAGGAAACAAAUUAGUUCCUGUUAUCACUUACAUUAUAGCAGCUAUAAACAGUCGUUCCCUCACCAGCCUCUCGUUUUUUUUCUCUUUUAGAUUAUAAGAAAAAAAAAAUCUGAGAUUGUCAUGUUACCAAGAAACCAACAUUCCCGUGUCAGAAAACUGACUGUUACAAAGCGCUGACACUGGAGACUCCUUCCAUAAAUGUUUAAUAAACGUCUUCAGAAAACUCCGCCAUAUCAACAUUUAUAUGCUGUUCUUUUUUUAAAUAACACAUUUUUACUUCGUUAUUUGUUAUUAGUCUUAGAUUAUUUGGUGCCUCUGGUGUCCCUGUGAAUCAGCUGUUAACUAUAGAAACAGUAACAUUAGAACGAGCGCAUUAAUAUAAACCUGAGAUUGUCUUGCAGUCGGUGCUAUAGAAAAUUAAUCAAUACUUUCUGACCAAUCAGAGACAAGAAUUCAGCAGCACUGUGGUAUAAAUUUUUGGCUUAUUUCCAAGUCAUUAUCAAGUCGACCAGGGCGUGUUAAAGCUGUACUGGAACACAGGUGUAGACAAUGCAAUGACAGACAUGUUAGUGGCAGCCAUUUUGAUUUGAUUUGCGUAUCUGCCAUCCUUUUUUUGGUAGAUAAAGGGAAAAAAGAGCAACAGGCAGAAAAAAGACAAAUGUGAUGAGUACAAUUGGGAGCUAAACUGAAAGUCGUUUUGUAAUCAGCUUGUGAUUACUCAGCAGUUCCUCACAAUGCCUUGUCUUUCAGUUGUGAACUUGUGCAGUGACAAAGCGAUGAAUGUGGGAGGAAAUAUUUAUAAACUUGAGAUCUACGUACACCAUUUUUACCCGAUGUUGACUGCUAUUACGAAUAUUAUAUAAUAUCACAAAGUCACUAUAAAGCAGUGUCUGUAUAUUAUGAUUGUUUCUAAAAUGAAACUCUUGCAUGGACGGAAGGCGUCAGGUAAAAUGAGCGGUGUGAAAGGAGCAAAGCGAGCGUGGGAGGGGUGAGCCGUUGAGUUGCUAUAAUAACGAGGAGAAAGAUGGGAAUGCAGCUGUAUUUCAUAUAUUUUUGUUUUCUCAUCUGUGCCUGAUUGUUUUUGUGAUCGAGUAAUGGUCUUUUUACCUGCCGCCUGCAUUAGUGUCAUAGUAAACAUGACUAUUAUUCUGAAACCGCUGCUCAAUGUGUGUGUUUUGGGGAGAGGGGGUGGUGAAUAAAUAUUUAAAAUACCGCCAAAAAAAA